AUGUUGGAGUCGGGAGCUGUUGGAGACCUGAGCCCUGGUCCGGCACCCCACCCCUUCCAACGCGCACAGGCCAGUGUGAUUGUGACCAAGGCUAGGCCAGCGCGUGAUGAGGCCCAAGGGCAGAGGCGGGGCUUCACCGUCAGUGACGAUUCGAACGCGAAAGGCAUCAGAGCCGGCUGUGCAGCAGACGUGACGGCAUCAAAGCAGGAUUCGGCUUCGUUCCGCGGUCCAUCUCUGAGCUCUGCGCGAUAA